UAGGAGUAAUUAACAACUCAACCGCAGUGGUGCGCCACCGUCGCAGACCGUCUAGACCGACUCCAGUACAUCCAGUUCCAGCUAUAGCCAUGGUGUCUGUCUUUGUCGUCACGGCGCUCCUAGUAGCCUCCGGUCACUGUCUGCCAGUCCUAGAUGCCCCAGGAUGCCCAGAGCAGUACGGAGUCCAGACCUACGAGCACCCAGAGGCUUGUGACCACUUCUUCAAGUGUACCAAUGGAACUUUGACCUUGGAGCAGUGUGAGAAUGGUCUCCUGUACGACGGCAAGGGCAACGUCCACAACCACUGCAACUACCACUGGGGAGUAGAGUGUGGAAACAGGAAGGCAGUUUUGGUACCAGAGUCCUCACCAGGCUGUGAGUACAAGUUCGGUAUCUACCCAGAGAGCUCCUCCUGCAGCACCAACUACAUCAAAUGCGAGCACGGGUACCCUUACCAGACACCCUGUGAGCCCGGCCUGGCCUACGACGACAAGACUCACUCCUGUAACUGGCCUGAUAUGCUGCUCGACCAAUGCAACCCUGAGGCCGUGCUCGGAUUCAAGUGCCCAGACAAGGUCGACCCUCACUCUGUGGCAGCCAAGUUCUGGCCCUUCCCAAGGUUCGCUGUGCCCGGAGACUGUGAGCGUCUCAUCACCUGUGUCAACGGCUACCCCCGACUGAUCACCUGUGGAGACGGCAAGGUCUUUGACGAGUCCACCCUUACCUGCGAGGAGCCUGAGGACGCUAGGUCCAAGUGUGGUUUCGGCAAGAAGUAAAUCAACGCAGAAUAGGAAAUAGCCUGGAAUUGGAGAAAACUACAUCAGAAGAUCUAAUACCUCCAAACAAGUCAUGAUAUACAUCAACAUAUCAAAUAAUAUAAAAACUACCAUGUAAAUUGUUUAUCACUGUAAAUUGUACUAUAAAUAGUUGAUGUGAAUAGUU